AUGGAUGACAACUUCGUAAACGACAAGGAUGAACAGUUGUUGAAACUACUGCUGAAAAAUAGACCAACGUUCAGCGAUGAAUUGAUUGACUACUACCUUUCGUACAGUGGAUGUAAAGUAACGGAAAAGUCUUGCCUCAGAUUCAUUUCACUGAUUUUGCAUAAAUCGAUAGACAAACUAAUAGAUGAGUCAACGGUCGUUCUUCCCAGCGAAACACCCCAUGGUAAUGACAACCAGAAGGAUAAGGAGAGCAGGGGAGAACUUAAGAAGGAGCUGAACUGUGAAAAACUGAUCGAAACCUUAAAAGAGUUUGAUCAAAACUACCAAAGUGAAGAAAUAGUAAAGAAUUUCAAUCUGCUUAAAUAA